AUGGCUUGGAUUUGUUUCAAUUUAGGGAAGUGGAGUCACUGGCUGCAUUACUUGGAAAAGUACCUCUCCAAGAUACAAGGGACAAUUUACCCAGCUCAAGAUUUUAACCCUUGCAGGGAUACAGAAGAGCUGUUUGGAGCUAUUCAAGGUAUGAGAUGCAAUAAAGAUGUGCUGAUUGAUAUUCUGACUCAGCGCAGUAAUGCACAGAGACAAGUAAUUGCUGAGGCCUACAGGGAGAUGUAUGGUCGGGAACUGAUCAUUGAUCUUCGAGAAACUUUUUCCCAUCACUUUAAGCAAGUUAUGGUUGGGCUAAUGUAUCUGCCUGUAUUCUAUGAUGCUCAUGAGUUAUGGCAUGCAUUGAAGGGUGAAGAAACAGAGGAAAACUGCCUCAUUGAUAUUCUUGCUUCCAGAACAAAUGAAGAGAUCUUCAGGAUCAAAGAAGCUUACUUCAUGGAAUACAACACUGAUCUUCAAGAAGACAUCUACAGUGAAACAUCUGGACACUUCCGUGAUAUGCUGAUUAACCUUUCCCAGGGUGUCAGAGAACAAGCUUAUGCUGAUCCUGGCACAGCUUCUCAGGAUGCUAUGGUUCUGUGGGAAGCAUGCCAGCAAAAAACAGGAGAGCAUAAAACUAUGCUGCAAAUGAUCCUGUGCAGUAAGAGUUAUCAGCAGCUGUGGAUGGUUUUUCAAGAAUUUCAGAAUAUCUCUGGGCAAGACAUCAUUGAUGCCCUUCGUAUGUGUUAUGAUGGGUACUUCCAGGAGCUUUGUGUGGCUAUUGUUCUCUGUGUCCGUGACAGAACAUCAUACUUUACCUACAGACUCUACAAUGCCAUUCAUGAAUAUGGUUUUCACAAUAACACAGUUAUCAGAAUACUGGUGUCAAGAAGUGAAGUGGAUCUUAAGGAAAUAAGAAGGAAGUACAAGGAAAGAUAUGGAAAGUCACUUUUCCAUGAUAUUAAGCAUUUUGCCUCUGGACAUUAUGAAAGUGCAUUACUUGCAAUUCUGGCUGGGGAUGCAGAAGACUAUUGAAGACCAGGAAAGC